AUGACCUACAAAGGUCCUGGCUCAUCAUCUGUGGAAAUUUCCAUUAAAGAUGUGACAAGACUAGAAUUUGUCUCAAGCUUGCGUGGUCCGCCAGUUAAGUGCAGCAGCUAUGCUAUGAAACCGGAAAUCACAUCUGUUGCAGAACACUAUUGUCUAUUGCCAUACAUUGACAUCAUAGCUGAAUGGUCGACUAGGAAAACAUCACAAGGUGAUUCACCACAUCUACUGAAAAACAAUGCACUGACUAAGUACUCUGGCUCUCCUUGCAUCGCAACUAAUUACCAAAUCAAUGUUAAAUCUGAAUCGACUAAUGGUGCUUCUGACUAUCUUUCCUUGCAUUCAUCGUGUCAGAAGGUUGUCAUGGAACAUGGGAGGGACAAAUUUGACAAGAAGAAAAUGAAGUUAGGAUAUGAAGUCAAUGAACUAUCCGAAGAUUCUUUUCAACAUAGGACUAGAAGCUUAUCCUUUCCUGAUGGUAGUGGUUCUAGGAGUCAAAGUGUCAUUUCAAAUAACUUGAUCCGCAAAGAUGAAAGCACUCAUAGCAAAGGUGAUUUAUGUUUAAUUCGUGAUGGCUCAAAAGAUCAGGUGCCCAAUAAGGAAGUCUCGGAAGCAAUUGUCUUUGAUUUUCUUCAGAAUAGAAGAGAUGAUAUGUGUUGCCAGCAUCGACUGUUGGAGGAUUUCAUUGCUCAGUGUGAGAUGCAUAUCCAGUUAAUGAUAAAUGGAGAAAACCAGGUCUCACACCCUGAGGUAAUAAUGAAGGCAUCUGAUUUUCUACUCUCAAGUAAAGCGAACAGAGGCACCUGUUUAUUUGGUGAAGUUCAGUUGCAACCACAUGAUAUCAGGAAGAGACUUCUUGAUGCAGAUCUUCGUUUGAGGAGUUCGUGUAAGGAACUGGACGAGAUAUUUCGCAGAAAUUACUGGAUUUUACCGAAGUACUGUGUGUUUCCAUCACAGGAUAACAGAAAAUUCAGAUCAAUCAUAAGAGUUAAGGGAUUGGAUUUUGAAUAUACGCUCAGUGGUGAUCCUAAAGAUGGUCCUGACCAAGCAAGGGAAUCUGCUGCUGCAUCUAUGUUGACCAAACUGCAAGAAAUGGCAGCUCAAGCUCAUUUUCGCUGAUCAGGUUUUAUUUUUCAUUUUUUGAAGUUCCAAAUUGUAGAUUUGAAGUUUUAGGAAAGAUGCUUUCAUGUUUGUAAGUAGUUGCAAGGAUCUAAAAUCUGCAUUGCAUCAGAUCUUCAGGAUGAAGAUCUUUUUAACCAUAGGUUCUUCUGCGAGUACUUUUUGUGUCAUUUUAUUGUUGAAAGAAGUGUUCAUUUAGAUUCAUGGUGGA